GUUUAAGAGCCAAGAAGUUUGGAAAAAGAUGUUUCGAGUUUAGGUCAUUGGAUAAGUUUUCGAUAUAUUCAACAGCAGAACAGAUUUCGAUUGACGUUUUGAUUACAUCAUGUUAAAGGUAGAGCGUAUGUAGGGAGGAGGCUGACAUAAUACUCCAAUAUCCGUCCAAGAUUAACAUGUCUUCACCAGGAAGAAUCUCCCCCAGGGAUGCAAGGUCACUCCCUGGGUCCCCCAGGGAUGCAAGGAACUCCCUUGGGUCUCCCACCCCAACAAACAUAUCUCUACAGCAACAGAUCACAAAGCUGAAGGAAGAACUGGAGACUGAGAAACGCAAUAACAAAAUACUCCAGCGAGAAAAGAAAAAUCAAAUCACCACGCUUGUUAAAGAACAAGACAUCCGACAGAAUAUUCUCAUAAAAGAUUUAAAGUCAAAACACAACAGUGAAAAACAUAAAGAACUGGAACAGCAAAAGGAUUAUUUAAGUAAAAAACAUGAAGGUGAUAUUACUAAAGCUGUUAAACAGAAAGAUCUCAGAAUCAACAAACUACUUAAUGAUAUUCAGAUUCUUCGGGACCAGCUUAUGAUGACGAAUGCUGCUGAUAAAAAGGGGCAUCUCACCCUUGACCAACAUGAGAAAAAACUAUUUAAUGAACUUCAAGAACUGCGUGCCUCGAAACAUCAACUAGAAGAAACGCUAGCAACUAUUGCUAGUGCAGAUAAAACUAAAGCCAGUGACCUAAGACGACUACAUGACGAGCACGCAGCUGAAAUUUCGAAAAUCCAACGAGAGUCACAACUAGAAACUAGAAGAUUGAUGGAGGAAAUGAAGUCAAAGGACCGGGUGCUAGGACAGCUGGAGAAGGAGAUGGGCUACCAAAGGGGUCAUUUCUCCAGGCUCCAGCUUGAAUUAGAGGAACAGGACCAGAUAAAGAAAAAUACAACAAUGUUGUCUCCACCAAAGGAGGCAUCACAAACUCAGGUGAAGAGAUUGAAGGAUGUUGAAGAAAAAUUGAAGUCAAUGCAGGAGAAAAAUAAAAGAUUCCUGGAGAAGAAUAUUGACCUUACAUCUAAAAACAGAACCUUACAAGAUAGAAUAAAAAAUUUAUCACAAGAAAAUACUCAAAUGAGGGUUCAGUAUGAACAAACAGUAAAAAAGCUGGACCAAACACAGGACGAGAAAUCUCAGGACAUAUGUCUCGAGGAACUAGAUGAUCUCAGGAGACAAAAAGAUGAACUAAAUAAGACAAUUGUAGCUUUAAAACAAGCACAUGUUGAGAAAGAUAGGAGGAUAGAGUUGUUAAAACAUCGGAGGCAAAGGAGUAAAAAGAGCAUGGCUCAAAAGAGGGCAGCAGGUGUCAAGGAAACAUACUUUGGGUAUGAGGAGGACACUGGCAGAUCAGACUCUGAGACAUCAUUCUCCUCAGUUCUCUCAGUAACAGACCAGUCUUAUGAUACCCCUGCUACAGAUGAAGAUGUCUUCUUAGAUGAAUUUUCCCGUGAGCAGUUCCAAACGAACUACCAGCGCCUUGUGAAAGAGCAUCUGGAAUUAGAGAAGAACUACUCUCUCCUGAUGGCCCAGCAGCCUUGCAGCAUGGACCCUGAGAGACAACAAAAGGUGCAUGUCAAGCUAGAGGCAGAGUUGCAUGAUUACCAACAGAAAGUCUCAGACUUGGAGUUGCUUAUACCUGACAAGGCAGAGGCAAGGACUUUACUGGAAGAGCAAGGAAGGCUGAGGGCAAAACUGCGGGGGUAUGUACGCCAGGUAGAACAGCUUGAAGGAGAGCAGGAGAACAAGGGCCACCAAUUGGCUGAUCUACAAGAGCAGAAUGAAGUGCUGGAAUUCCGCUGUCUGGAGCUGGAGGAACACAACAGCAAGCUACUUGAAGAGAUUACUUCAUGCCAAGUGUACAGCCACCCAACAUCUCUGAGUGCUGAUGGGACCCUUACAUUGCAGAGUGACGGUGCACUCGACAAUCAACAACCACAGGAGUCUCUGAAGAUCCUGAAUGUCAAAGAUAAACUACAGAAACUCUAUAGCAAACAGGAUGGCUCAACUACAAGUGAGGAGCGUUCUGUCUUGAUGCAAGCUCAGCUGAUGUUGGACAGUGCAGCACAGAAACUACGAGACUUCCAUCUUUCGGAGCAGAGUCUGAAGACAAGAGUUGCUGACUUGGAGAGAGAGAAGGCUGACCUACUAUCUGCUGCAACUGGGGUAUCUGCUGAUAUUGUCCUUGAGCAUGAACAUGCUACAAAUGCUCUCAGAGAGACACAACUGAAAGUAGAACAACUCGAGAAGGAUGUGUCUGAUAGUAAACAGCGUGAAGCUGUUUUGACGUACCAGCUAGAUGUGACACAGAAGAGUGAGAACCACCUAUUGUCUGAGAUAGAGAAGCUGAAACGCCAGCGCUCAAGCUACCUGGAAGGUAGAGAUACGGAGGCAGAUUUAUUCAACGAGAAGAUGAGCAAAAUCAAAUCAUCAGAGAAUCGUAUUCAACAGCUUGAACAGCUUGCUGGGGAACUACAGGACAAAGUACUGUCUCUACAGUGGGAGAAAUCUCAGCUUCAGGAUGUGACACAACAAACAGAUACAGAUGCUGAAACACGUCUAGUCAGACUCACGGCUGCAGUUGAGGAGCAUGAGAAAGCCCAGAGUGACCUUGUUGCCCAAAAGUUCCACCUGGAGGAGCAACUCUCAAAUCUACAGGAGAAGGUUCAAGUCUAUGAGGAGCGAGAGAUUGAUUUAGAGAAGAUGAACAUUGGUCUCAGAGACCAGGUUAAGGAACUAGAGGAAAGUAAUAAAGCAAUAUGGAAACAACAGGUGGAGACAACUCAUAGUAAACCAACUAAGGAAGAGAAAUCCAUGCUGGAGGACUCAAAUCAAGAAGGACUUGACGGCAAUAUAUGGCGUACAAAGUUUGAGGAGCAGCGUCUUACUGAGAUGUCUCUGCAGGAACGUAUAGCUGAUUUGGAACAGGCUGAGUCCAUACUAAAACAAUCUCUCAGCUCGCAGAUGGAACAAUUAGAGACCUUAACUGCACAGUAUGAGGAAACCACUAGAGUUGAGAAAGAAACCAAAGAACAGUUGAAAGAGAAGGAACUGAUUGAACAGGCACUUGAGGAGAAAAUCAAAAAUCUUGAACUAUCUGAGAAGUAUGCAAAUGAGAAGUUAUCUGAAAAUGAAGCCACUGAGAUCAAACUUACUGCUCAACUUGCUCAGUUUAAUGACCUCAAGAGAGACUUGUAUAAUAUUGAAGAGCUUAAAAAUACAAUAGACUGUCUGCAGGUUGAGAACCAUAGCAUGAAAGAAAAGCUUGUUCAGUUUGAGGACAGUGAACAUAUGCUGAAACAGAAAAUGAAAAAUGUUGAAGAUAUCGAUGGUAGCAAGAUUGAAAUGUUGCAGGGAAAGACUGCCUUGUUAGAAGAUAUGAACAAAACUCUGGAGGACCAACUAGCUGAGAAGGAACAACUAGAGGUUGAGCUCAAGACCAAAAUUGCUGUUUUGACAAAUGACAUCAUUGAAUUAGAAACAGGUAGUGGUGUAAAAGACUUGAAAAAUAAACUGAAACAGCUUGAGGCAUCAGAACAAUCAUUAAAAACCAAAGUUGAUGAUUUAAUUCUAGAAAACAACAGACUCGAAGAUAAGGUUGAAGAUGUCAAAGAGGAGAAGUUUAUGACAUUAGGAAAAGAUCAAGAAAAAUUUGAUGAGCUUCAAAUCAAUUAUAUGAGACUUUCUGAGACUGUAACUGAGAUGGAAGCAAAUGAACAAACUUUACUUAACAGAUUGAAAGUGUAUGAACAAAGCAUGGGAGAUCCAGAUGCACUAACUAAAGGUCACAAGGUGCGCAUAGAUGAACUAGAAGUGACUGAACAGAGUCUUGUUCAGGAGUUGGACAUGCUAGAGGAGAGCCACGAUGCCCUCAAACUUAAGGAACAAAAAUACAGAGAUGAAAUUCAGUUUUGGAAAGAAAAAGUUGAAACUCUGGAAAGUGCAAAAUCAAACCCUAACGAUACUAACAUGGUGCUAGAUAACAAUUCUACAGUGGAAGAGCUACAGCAGGAAAUUACGACUCUGAAAGAAAAGAUUGAAACUUUAGAAAAUAAAGAAGGUGAACUUCUUGGGAAAUUGUAUGAAACCCACCUAAGCCAAACUGAAGAAGGAGAUGAACAUAAUACAAUCACCGAACCUACUGCCACCGAACAUACUGCUGAUUCCAAUGUAAAUAACUCAGACAUUACACCAGAUAACAAUGCCAAUGAUUCUAUUGAUGGAAAUACAUACAGUGCUAGUAAGAAAGGACUUACAGAAACAUAUACCUUGCCAAAUAAUAGUGAUGAAUUAAAACAUUUGAAAGAUGCAUAUGGUGAUCUACAGGAACAACUUCAAAGUGAAAAAGUAAAAUCUGAAAAAUUAGAAGAAAGGUUGAAUAUUAUGCUUGACUCUGAAUCAAAAUUGUUUGAUAGAAUCACAUAUUUAGAAGGUGUGGAAAUAGAGUUAGGGAACAAAGUUGAAGCCCAACAGAAACCAAUGAGUGAUUCACCUUCAUCCACAACUGAGUCUCCAAACGCAAUUCCAGACACUGCGUCACUAGAAAAAAUUGACAUACUUAUACAAUCAGAGGAAAAACUUCUCGAAAGACUUGGUCAGUAUGAAACAGUGGAAGAAACACUAAAUGAAAAACUUAACCAGGCUACAAAGCAACAGUUAGAUUUACAGGAGAAACUGAGGGAGAAAGAAAUAUCCGAACAAUUCUUGAGAGACCAACUGAGAAGUGAGGCUGAAAAGGGUACAGUUGAUAAGCUGACAACUGAAGUUGAGACAUUGAAAACCUCUGAAGAACACCUCAGUAAGCAAGUGGAGCUUUAUAGUGACAAAGAAAAGGAAUGGAAUGAAAUAAAAUUAUAUUCUACAGACAGAAUAUCUACUCUUGAGGAAAAUGAAAAACAAUUGAAUGAUAAAAUCACAGAACUUGAGGCUCUUAAUAAAGUAGCGAUAAGUGAAAGACACAUUCUAAAUGCUAAAAUUGAAACAUUGGAGGAAUCAAAAGAAAGUUUGAAAGCUAGUCUUCAAGAAGUGAAAUCCCAAGAGAAUUCUCUACAGGACCAAGUGAUUGCAACUGAGACUUUACAAGCUGAAAUUUCAGAACUCAGGUCCAACCUCAAUAACCUCACAGAGGAAAAGAAAGCAUUUACAGAGAAAAUAAACCAUCUUGAGAAAGUAAAAGAUGAUCUUAACUCUAGACUUGAGGAUCAGAAUGCUACUGAAACCAUGUUACGCAAUAAGAUAAACGAACUUCAAAGUGUUGUUAGUGAGCUACAGGAAUCACUCAAACAAAAAGACUCUCAAAUAGCUUCAUUGCAGGAUUCCCUCAAAAAUGCCAAAGUUACAAUUCAGAGUGAAAAUGAAUCUUUAACUAGUCAAAUAAAUACUCUUCAUGAAAAGAACACUGAAUUAACCUCACGACUUGAACUCUCAGAGACAACACAUGAGGAUGAAAUCAAAACAUUGAAUGCCAAAAUCAAAGAAUAUGAAGAUGCAGAACAUGCUGAUACUUCCUUUGAAGUUGCUCUCCAAGAGAAGGUUGCAGAUCUAACAAAGUCAGAGACAGAAUUAAGAGAACAGGUUUCUGUGUUACAGUCAGCUGCUCAACAACAAGAAAGUGCCAAUUCAGCAGAAACAACAGAGUUAUUGAAACGUGUACAUUCCUUAGAAACUGAAAACAGUGAGCUUAAACAGUCUAGUCCAUUAAACAGUGAGCCUGGAGGUGGUUUAAUACACCCUGUCAUACAAACAGACUCAGAAAUAUUGUAUAUGAAAUCAUCAGAUGAACUUAUUGAUACCAUACAAACUCUCGGAAAAUGUGAAAAAGACUAUCAAAAGAAAAUAUCAGAACUUGAAUUAGAAAUCCAGGGAUUGAGAAAUCAGAUGAAAAAAUCAAAUGUUCCCAGUAUAAAAAUUGAGCCUGUAUUUGUGAUUGCUGAGGGUGGAGUUUAUGGUAAAUCGAAAGAUGAACUAAUUGAUGAUAUCACAAAGCUACAUCAGAAUGAAUAUGUUCUGCAGCAGAGGAUAACCACACUGCAAGAGGAGCGUGAUUCUCUACAGAAAGAGAUGCACAAACAAAUGGAUGAUAUUGUUCAUAAGGAGCAAGAACUGUUACAGCUAAAGGAUCAGUCAUUUGACUCAGUGUCCACUUCUGAGGAAAACACAUCAAUGGAGAGAGAGAAUGCUAAACUACAAGGACAGCUAAAGCAAAUUGAAGCAUUGGAAAAUGAACACAUCCAAAAGAUCAACAACCUUGAAUCAUUGAUCAAUCAGUAUAACUAUGGGGUUGAUUCAAGUGAUGAUAGCGUUGAUGGUAAAGCCGAUUUACAUCAGCUAACAAAGGAGGAGCUCUGUAUGAAAGUACGGGGGCUGGAGAAGUCUGUCAUCAUGCAGAAACGCAAGAUAGAUGGCUUAGAGCAGCAUUUGGUGGCCUUUAGAAGUACUGUUGAGAACUUAGCUGUAGAACUGGGAAUGGAAAUGGAGGACAUCUUCAUAGAGAAACAACCAAGUCCCACAAAGGACCGUGCUUAUGCUGACAAAUUGCAAGAGCUCAUCCAAUCAGAGGCAUCCCUCAGGCAGACAGUUCUCGUCCUAGAGACCAAACUAGCUAGGAUUCAGCCAGAAGAGUCUCGUGCAGCUACAAGUUCACAAAACAAGGCUUAUAUUCAAGACUUGGAACAUCAGAUUGAGUCUCUACAGCAGAAUGAAUCCAGGGUGUUAAACAAGUUGCGGUAUAGUGGACAAAAUGAAGACUGCGAGACAUUAUCUAAGCUAAAGUCUCUUCAAGAACGAGUCUUCGAGCUAGAAUUGUCUGAAAAACAACUAAAGCGCCAGCUAUCUGUGGCUAAUCAACAUGAAUCCGACCUAGAAUAUUCUCUCCUUAAUGCCAACAGUGAGCCACGUCGUCCAGUGAGGUCCUACCUGGAUUCAUCCCUCAUGUAUGAUGAUAGGGAUGGCGAGGAUGAACUGAGGAUGAAGAUCAAACACCAUGAGGCAACCAUAGUUGAGUUAAGCACUGAGUUGGAGAAGUUAAGGAAGCUUGAUGCUGAGGGGCUUGCUGUUACUGUUGAACACUUGCAGACAUCUAACAGAGCCCUAGAGCGCAAACUGGAAUUAUUGGAAUCCUACGAUGAUGACACAAGUGUGGAUGUCUUGAACAGUCCAGAGGAUAUCCUCAGACAGAGGAUCAGAGACCUAGAGUCAAUGGAAAAACAUCUUAAGACUCAGGUGUCUGACCUGGAGCAUGAUCGUGAAGAACUACAUGAGAUUGCACGUAAGGACAAGAACGUCAUACAUGAACUAAAUGUGACCAAUCGUGAACUGACAUUGUCUGAAAGGAACCUCCAGGAGCAAAUUAAACACUUUGAGGUGAGAGAAGACAGUAUGUUGAGGCAGAUAGACAGCCUAGAGGACAAAGUAAGGGACCUGGAGGAACUGCUGAACCAACUGACAGACUCACAGAGGAAGCUGAAGCAACAGGUGCAGCAGGGGAAGGUACAGGAGGAGAGCCUGGCCAGACAGGUGGCUUCACUAGAAGACACAUUGGGAGAGAUGCAGACAGCUGAAGUUGCAUACAAGAAACAGAUCAAUGCUCUGGAACUGGACAAGAGGUCGACCCAGAUCAAGAUUGAUAAUCUUGAGAGAAGUUCUGAUGACCUAGCAAGCAAUGAGAGCAGCUUGAGAGGCCAGAUGAAGGUCCAGGAGAAGAAAGAAAACCAGUACAAGCAACAGAUCACAGAGCUAGAAAACACCAGUGAUCACUCAACCAGGAGAGCCAAGCAGCUUGAAACACUUAAUGAUCAGUUACACGAGAAGGCACACAAACUUGAGGAAGAAAAGGCCAGCUACAAGUUUGAAGUGUCAGACUUGAGCAUGCGCAACCAGGAGCUCAGUGAUAAAGUUAAGAACUUGGAAGAUGCGAGAAGGUUGCUUCAGACUCAGAUUGAUGAUAUGAAGCGUAAUGAGGAUACACUUAGACAGAAGGGUAAAGAGCUCCAUCUGAAAGAUGUGACUCGUGAGCAACGUGCGACAGAACUAGAGAUCUCCCAGACCAUGUUACAGGACAAAAUCAAGCUCCUCGAGAACAAUGAAGUGAAACUGAAGACACGUAUCCAAGAACUAGAGGCCUCUCUUUUCUCAUCCCAGUUAUCAGCAUCAGGCAGUAGAGCUAACGCUGAUGAUGAUGCUCUUCAUAAACAAGUUGAUGAGACCCAACAGAGAGUCAUCACUCUUGAGAAGCAGUUAGAAACAGUGAAGGAGUCCCUGUGGCAAUACGAGACUGGCCACAAGGACCAGAGUUUGGCAGUGAUCCCAAGGAAGCAGUUAUCAGAAAUGAGAGCCCAGGUUUCCCUGCUUGAAGAGGUGGAAGAAAAUGUAUGUCACCUUGAGAAGACUGAAGCAGAACUGAGAGAUACUGUUAGACAGCUGAGACAGGGCAAGGAUGUUUGUGGGCAUGAGAGUCAGCUGAGAGAGCUGAAACAAAUGGACAGCAAGUACAGAGAUAUGGUUCAGGAGUACCAACAGUUAGAAGCAAGUCACCAGCAACUGAGAGAACAAACACAUCAGUUCAAACAGAAUUUGCAGGGUGGAGAUAUUGCCGUGAAAAGUUGCCGGGCCAAAUCUACUCAAACAGAGGCUACGAAUGAAGUGCAAAUCGGCAAGACUGAUGGAAAGACAGUGGAAUCAACAGACCCUAUCACAAGGCAGAAGAGUUUGAAAGCACAGCUAAUGAAAGAUCUGGUCAAAAGUGUUCCUAGUAGUGGAGUUACCACCAACCCACCCCAGACUGCAGAGUUUGUCUGGGAGAAAGUACAUGGAAGUACAAAUGGAACUGAACAGCAUCACCCAACACCUGAGAACUUGAGUAAGCUCCCUAAGAAGCUUUACAAGCCACAUCCACAAGAAGAAAAGUUUUGGAAAUCUAUUGAGUCCAAGCUACCCAAUAAGCUCAGCAAUUUGUUGAGUCAUUCAAUGUGGGAAAAGGUUGAGAAGCUACAUAGUAGGCCAGACCUGGUAAAGGAUGAUGACCUUCCAGAAAGGGUCGAUGAUGACGCUUCCAGUAUUGCAUCCUCCGUGCCUCCUCCCCCUCUCCCCAUGUCUAUGCCUCCCCCUAGUGGAGGUAUGGGUCUAUCCACCAGACCCGAUGACUCGUCAUACUACCUGCCCAGUGUGCAACAAGGUGCACAGAGUGCUGAUGAAGCCUCAGAUCUGGAGAUGGAUAGUCCACCAAGAGACUACAGGGAGAGUGUGAAACAACAUAUUGUGACUGGAACAAGCAAGGAUAGGUCACCCGUCAGAAGGCCCUGGUCACGUAGGCAUACACCAGAUGGUGACAGUGUACAUGAUGAGAUAACCAACAAUCUCAGUGUCAAGGAGAAGUUAACACAAGUAGAAAGGCAACUGAAGGUGAAAGACAAGGAAGUUGAACAACUGCGUACCACUCAGAUGGUUCUUGAGCGUAAACUUAAGGCAAGCGGGGAUAAUACAACACUAAAUGCACAACUCCAAGAACUGCAACAUGACAACGAACGAUUAGCCAGCACUGUUCAGCAACUCCAGAAAAAAUGCAAAAAACUCGAGAAUGAUCUCAUUGAGAAGCAAGAGGAGUUGAGUAAAAUGAGACUUGAAUCUGAUAUAGGAUCUUAUUCAUCUAUGAGGACCACAAAUGAUAAACCGUAUGGCAAUGACAUUAGCCAGGUGUUUAAUGAUCUUGCACAAGAGAAAAAAGCUGAUAAAAAAGCUGUAGAUGACCACAUAGGAUUCUACAAAAACCUACUUGAGAAGAAAGAAAGGGAGCUCAUUGCCAAGGGAAAUGAAUGCAAGAAUUUGAAUACAGAACUCCGGGAAUCUCUUGAAAAAUCUAGACAGUCUGAUAGUGUACUGAAGCAGUACAAUGACCUCCAAACCAAGUACCAAGCUCUCCAGGACUCACACAAUGCCCUACAACAGCGAUAUAAUGACCUGGAAAGGGAACAUGCUAAAUGUUCUGCUUGGAGAGAUGAGAAAGAGAAACUUAGUCGAGAUGUCUCCAACCUCAGGAAAGAUAUCAAAGACAUGGAUAAUCUUGAAUCAGAACGCAAAGAUAUUGAAGAAAGAUUGACAAGAGCAGAGAAAAUACUAAAGGAAAAGAGUGAACCUGCUGUAAAUGGUCUUGACAGAAUCAAUCAAAUGCAAACUGAGCUUGAUAAGAUGAAGGCAGCUGAAAGAGAAAGACAGAUGAAGCCAGCUUCACAACCACUUGACAUAUUAACCCAUCAACAACAGGAGUCAUUUGACAGUUCCAGUAUUAGUAUCAGCCCUGAUAGCAGGAGGUCUAGCAAACCAAGUGCUAGACAUUCUAGGCCAAGUGCUAGACAUAAUGCUAGAUCUGAAUCUGCUGAGUCAUCCAUCAGUGAGACCCAGACAGACACAGAAGAACAUACUCAGAGAGCCAGACAUGAUACCAUCUCUCAAAUCAGUUCGGCACCUUCAUCUCUGCUGAACAAUCGCAAACCUGGUCAUCAUGGCACACGUCCUAGACACACAGACAGACAUAACCCACGUAAAGCUGAUGUGAAUGUGUCAAGCACUGGUGGUGCAUUCAUUGCUAUUGCUGACUACAAACCUGACCUGUAUGCACACAGUCACCAUCCAAGGUUAGAACUACCCCUUAAGGAGGGUCAGAAAGUGACUGUAUUAGGCCCAGUUGACAGCCAAGGCUUCUACGAGGCUGAGGUAGAGGGGAGUGUCGGUCUCGUUCCUGCUAAUUACAUCCUUGCGGACAACUCCACACCUACUGUACCAGUUAGGGCCAACCGUGAGAGACACCUGGUGCCACCCCCUGGAACUAGCUCUCUUUGCCCAGAAGAGGUGCUCAAUAUGCAAGCUCAAAUGCAGCGGCUCACAACCCCAUUUACUACUUCAGAGAGACGGUUUACGUCAAAUACUCAAGAUAGGCAGUUUGCCACACCCCUCAAUGGAUCAGUUAGACAGCCAGUUCCUUCACAUACUAGUAAUACUCCAGUUGGUUACUUAUCACCUACUUCUCCACAUCUUGCCGAUGGUCCCCCGGGCAGGACCUCUCCAAAUAUGGGCAUGCUAUCCCAUCCUGCAUUCUCACAUCGUUUAACACGUGGUCCCAGUAACCACCCACUGAAUGUUUCGCUACAAGGUACACCGCAUGUGGGUAGCAUACCCCAGACCUCUCACCAGCAAGCAACCAGUGCUCCCCCUGCAGGCAGAAGCAGGCCUGCCACUCAGCGUCCUCCUCAGUCACAUAUGACUCCCAGUCAGCUUGCCAAUGGCAGAGUAAAUGGUCUACCUGAAAAUAAUAACAACAAUAAUCGUGCCAAAUAUAAGUCAGCUCCUAGUGGUCAACUCAGUAAUGGUGUACAAGGUCAACCAAUGAGCCCAUCAAGGUUUCAGAUCCAACGAAUCCUCCCCGAUCGCAGUCUCCUUCUCAGUUGGCAGUGCCCUCUAUUGGACUGUCUUACCCAGAAUAAUGGGACUGUUGUGACUGGAUACAACAUCUAUAUGGAUGGCCAGUUGAAGCAAAGGGUGACAAACCCACACCUAAGUAGAGCAUUACUGGAGAAGCAGGACUUAACAAGACCACAUACACUUGCCAUACAAACCACUGCGGAAGCUGGAGUCUCGCAGAUGGUUUACACAUUGUUCGAAGAUGUCUUACCAGAACCAUCUAUUACAAGUAGUCGACACUCGGACAGACAGGACUCCGACAUUUCCUCCAUUUCUAGUCAUAAUGAAACCAGGGAGAAUAGAGUGUUUGUAGCAGUAUAUGACUAUGAGCCCUCUGUACAUUCUCCCAACCAAAACCCAAAUGCCGAACUAAGGAUUUCUACAGGAGAUAUCAUCAGAACAAAUGGUCCAAUCAGAUCUGAUGGAUUUUACCAUGGAGAGGCUAAUGGUGUAAGAGGCCUUGUACCUGCAAGUUUCAUGGAAGAGGUGGCCACUUCUAGGAAACACCAAGCUAGAGUCAAUCAACAGCAGGCAAGCAAUGGUACCCACAGGCCUCACACCUCUCUCAAACACAAACCAAAAACUAAAAACAAGAGCCAGAAAUCAAUUAACAUUACUGCCCAGGUAUAAGUCACCUUAGAUGAACUAAGGUUGAUAUUAAGUCACAUGUUGACGACCCUGGAUGUAACAACAAUGAGCAGAUUUAACAUUACCAAAGAAGCACACAGGCUGUAUAAAGCAGAGACAUAUGUAUGUCUCUAUACAAACAAGUGAAUGCUUUAUUAUGGUGCUAAUGACCACCUGUGAAACCAAUACCAGAUAUGACAAAAUACUGUGAAUUAAAAGGGAACCAACAGAUUGAUAUUUGAAAAUAUUUCUUCAACUGCACUAGUCAUUUAUUAAUCCAUUUACCCUUAUGUGUGGCAGUAGAAAAACAGAAAGAUACAUGUAGUUUAAAACUCCUUAGAGGGUAGACAGUAGAUGAACAUGGCAUUUCAUUUUUGAACAGUGUUUCUAAAUGCAGCUUAAAUGAUUGGAGUGUAUUUGCCACUUGAUACCUUUUUUUGCUGAGCUAUUUGACGUCCAUGUUGAAGCUAUAUGAAGCAACAUUAUGUUUUAUGAGUGUGUGUUUAGGUCUGAGAUAUCACCCCUGUGUCAGCUACUAAAGUACUUCUGGAACUAUUACUUCUCUCAUGUUGAGGUUAACAAUUAUUUCUAUUCACCCCAAGCCCCAUAGGCUAUUAACAGUAGUAAUUAUAUUCCAUCUAGCUUAGAUUUGCCUCGUCAAUUUACAAGUGCCUUGCCUAAUUUAAGUACUUUUAGAUCCUGGAUUAAUGCCCUUGAUUAGGCCAGGCCAGUUAUCAAUAAUAUUUUAAUAUUAUAUAUUUUCAUUCACUUAUCCUCAAUAUACAAAGAGACUUAAUGAUUGGGGUUGAUUUUCGUGGUUGUUGCAGUAGUAAAGUGGCCACAUAGUACUUUACUAUGUGGAAAAAGACACAGGUCACACUGACUUACAGUAAGUACCUAUGUCUGGCAUGGAAACCAGGUAACCGGGUGACCGAGUAACCAUGGUAACCAGAGCUACAGGGUGUUCUAGUGUCAGGUAGCAAAAGAUACAGGGUGUUCUGGUUCUGAGGCCAGGUAGCCAGAGCUACAGGGAGUUCUGAGGCCAGGUAGCCAGAGAUACAGGGUGUUCUGA